AUGAGUUCUUAUAUCCCCUCUGUCGGCUUCCACCCCGCCAACCCAGACGAGCACACCCACACCGUCAUCUUUCUCCACGGCGAAGAUGAGACUGCUCGCCUCUGUGCCCAACGUUUCAGCAGACUCACUGGUUCGUGCGGUCAGACUCUCCAACAGGAGUUUCCCACCAUUCGCUGGUGCUUUCCCACCGCCCCGAAUGCCAACGGAUGGUUCCCCGUCCGUUUUAGAAACGAGCCCACCACCGACCAACACCUCCAAGCCGAAGGUCUUCGCAUUGCCGUCACGCGUCUUCGAUCUGUCAUUCACAGAGAGGCCGAGACCCUGGGGCGUAGAUACCAUCGAAUUGUCAUUGCGGGCUUCAGCCAGGGUGCAAGCGUUGCAGUCCUCACCCUGCUCAACUUCAAGUUCCCCUCUGACCUCCAAGACUUCCCUCGCCUUGGUGGUCUCUUUUGUGUUGCGGGACGUCUUCCCUUUGCUGGUCGUGAUCUGGAGCAGAUCCGAACCAUCCUCGACCUCCCUGGCAAGCCCACCAACAACUUGGUCGUCUCUCACACUCCCAUCCUCGUCCAGCACAGCCACGACGAUAGAGAGACACCCGUCCGACACGGCUGCCAAACCUACGACGGGCUGGACCUUGUUGGCGCCAACCCAAUCUGGCGCGAGUACCUCCGUGGUGGACACUGGUUCAACAGUCCCGCUGGAGCUGAUGACCUUGUUGCCUUUCUCGGAACGGCUCUUGGGGUUGGUCGCUGGGGACAGAACCGGGGUGAUGUGGUCUGGUCUGGUCGACUUCCGAUGCCCUCGCAGUCUGACGUUGCUGCCUACUUUGGCAAGACUGUUGGUGAGGAUGAGUGGUGA